AUGGAUGUACCAGUAACGGUCAUGGAGCUGUACAUAUGCUCACGAUUACUCGCUAGUGAGCUUUUUGUGCCUGUCCUCAGCCUUCUCGACACACAGGCGAGAAGCCAAGUGCAUAUUACAUCCGACGACUUUGUUGUCAUGCAAGUCGAUGGCGAGGGGCUAGAUGCAGGACAAAGAGUAUUGGAGCUUACAAGCCCUCUUGCUCUGGCUGGCAUCCCAAUCUUCUUCAUAACAACAUAUUUUGCCGACUACAUUCUUGUCCCACUGCGACAUCGACAGCAGGUUGUCCAGGCAUUGGAAGAACGUGGCUUCCAAUUUGAGGACCAGACAUCAUCAUACGUAAAUCCCUACCAUCACGGCCGCAAACAUUCGUCUGCCUCGCUCGAAGUUCAACCACCCAGCACUCCUCCACCAACCACCAUCUCGGAGCUACAGACCAGAACUUUCACUACUUUGAAGCGUCGCAGCAUUGUUCCGACUGUCGAUCCCGAGAUUCGUCUAGUACAAUGUGCUGGUCGUCGAGAUAGUGCCAACGGUAUAAGCCAAAGUCGCAACCGCAAUAGUAUGACAAGUGCAGCCGACGAUGCGCUUCAUCUCGGACUCGUAAAAUGCCUCAUAGCUGCACCACAUCCCAGAUUUUUAUCGCUCACGCUAACCGACACCGAAGCCGCGUCACUGCUUCUCGACCACACACUACUACCUAAUUUCACGCAGGACGUCCUCUUGGGCUCAAAAGACGAGUAUCUUACGCCGAUUACACUCGAUCUUCGAGGUCUGCCUGUGGAGAGCACGGGCAUCGUCUGUGGUGUUGCAGGUCGCUUGGUCGGAGCGACAACUGGACAAGUAGAAAGCCCCGUAGAGAUGAGCUAUCUCAGUACUGCUCGCGCAGGAACGGUCAUGGUUGCUGAAGAAGAGCUGGAUCGCGCUCUUGGCGCCUUGCGUGGCGCAGAAAAUGGGAUUCUGGCAACCGCGGAUUAG